UGUAGUAAGCCGUCGAUGGAGGAGUUUGUGUGUGUUCGAUAUCACCGAAUGUAAAUAUGAACGAAUUUCAUUUUUCCGGAUUAACGUCCCAAAGCAAUAUUUACGGAUUAACGACUCUAACUACUUCGGACGGAUUAAGUAAAGUAUUAAUUGCAUCUCGAAAAAGAAAAGUAUAUUGCAUAGAAUAUACGAAAAACGAAGUGUCUACAAUCCCUUCUACCACAGAAGUACAGUUUACGUAUAUUCCGGGAGGAGCAGAAAUAAUUUCUAUCGAUGCGUUCAAUAAAUCGACUGAGAAUCACGAUUUCUUAGUAGGAAUCACUUUCGUCAAGUUAGGAGAACAAUUCGAUUCUUCUGCACCCGUCAGCACUUUCUUCAAUAUAUAUUCCGAAUGGCAACCGGUUACCGAAUGCAAUUUAGAUAACAUUGCUCAGGGGUGCUUUAGUUUGACACUCAAUUUUAUUCCCUAUCAUCUUACGCAUGUUAAAGUUAUAACAGAAAAUAAUGAAGAAAUUGUGUGGCUUCUGAGCGGCGGAGAUUGCAAAGUUCACGUAUAUAAAGAGGAUAAGUCGCACCAGUGUUUCUGCGAAGAGCCUCCGAAUCUCUUUCCCGAAUUUGAUAAUUUGUCCGGCAUCGUGCAAUGGAUGGAUCAGUUGAAGAAAACCAAAUAA